AUGGGCAACCUCAACUGCCUCGAGCAGUGCCAAGCGAUCCGCGAGCACGACGAGCGGCUCACGUUCCUGCGCCUCGGCGGCGUCUUCAAGCGCAAAAAGUACACCUUUGGGCUCCACACGGGCGCCGAGGCCGUCAACCUCCAGCUGCAUCCCGACUCGGACGAGGUGCUGCUCUGGACGUCCGACUCGCAGGCGACAGGCGCCAAGCCCAACGAGAUCGAAGUCGGCGCGAUCAAGGCCGUGACGCCCGUGGGCACGACCUCGUUCCAGAUCCUCUCGAUGCAGGGCGACGUACUCCUCGAGCUCGAGGCCGAGUCGGCCGACAUGCGUAAUGCGUGGGUCACGGCGCUCCAGUUUGUGUGCGAGCAGGUACAGUCCGAGCAGGAAGCAAACGGCUCCAACAAGAAGGGCCCUGCGACGCCGACGAGCCUCAAGCAGAUGGUCAAAGACCAAGCGGCCAAGCAAGCGUAUUGGCACAAGCGGCAACAGGAGCUCAAGCAGCGCGAGAUCGAGGCCGAAGAACGCAAGAAGAAGGUUGGCGCCAACGGUAUGAAGUACACGGCAAUUGCAAUGGCAAACCGCACGUCGUAA